CCGAGCCUCUCAGGGGACGCGGCGACCUCGGGAGCCGGGCCGCGUCGGCCGGGCAUGGCGGCGUGGAGCCCGGCCGUGGUGGCGCCGCUGCUCCGCGGGAUACGCGGGCUUCCUCUUCACUGUGCCCGGCGGAUGUUUGCCUCGCAAACUGAGGGGGAGCUCAAAGUGACCCAAAUACUCAAAGAAAAGUUUCCUGGAGCUACAGCUAUCAAAGUCACUGACAUUUCAGGAGGCUGUGGGGCGAUGUAUGAAAUCCGGAUCGAGUCAGAAGAAUUUAAGGAGAAGAGAACUGUCCAGCAGCACCAGAUGGUAAAUCAGCGUCCCUUUGGACUCCUUUAUAGAUGUGUAAAUUGAGGCACGGCAUGAUUGAGAGUUGCUCCACCUGCCCCAGACCCAGGGACAGGAUAUUGGGGGUCUGGAACAUCAGAUUUAACCAGACUAAGGUCCAGUUUAUUCAAUGAUCUGUGCUUAUUUUACUUGGAAUUUAUACCAGGCUGGGCCCCUGGCCUGUAUCUGCAAAGUCACCCCCCACAGCAGGUGUGUCUGACAUUAUUCUGGAAGGUCUUGCACAUUGGGAGCUAGCUAGUUUCAUUUUUGUCCAGCACAGUUCUGGUCAUGAGAAUCCCUCCGUGGCCCCUUGGGUCUCUAGUUCAGAUGUCCCAGACUGCUGUUCCAGGCCUUUCCCCACCCUUCUCCGAACAAAGCCUCCCUUGGCCCCUGCCCGUUGUUCUGUCUGUGGCUCUGGACCUUUGCCCAGAUCAGCCCUCCUGCCUGGGUGCCUUCCUCUCCAGCACCCAGCUCAAAAUGCUGCCCCCGUCACCUGCCUGGCAGGGAAUGGAUGUCCCCACCCUCCUCCAGCAUUCUCUGCCUCUCAUCCUAGAUACUUAUGUCCCUGCUAACUGUCCCUUGGCCCCAUCAUCCCUCUGUGGGCUGUUCCCUUUUGGAUCCAUCUUUUUUUUUUUUCUUUUCUUUUUUUUUUUUUUUUAAGAUUUUAU